AAUUGUCUUUUAAUCAAAACGAUGAAAACACCUGAUUUUUGAUAAUUUUGAGUUAACACUAUUUUCAAUUUCCAAAAUUGAGUAUCCUUUUCGUUAAUCACAAUGAGAAUAAUAAGCAAAGUGGUUCAUUCCUUGCGAAAAUUUAAAAGUAUGCGUUCGAAUCCAUUUGCUUGCAGAGGAGCACAAACGCAACUACACGGCGUCUUAACGGGUGCCGGUAUCGGCAUUUUUAUAUCAGUUACACUUGCUCAAAUGUCUGCAAAGGACAAACGACGCAAGCUGAAUACUUCCUUAUAUAUGGCUCCACCAAUUACUGAUGCUGACCACUUACUAACGGCAGAAAAUGAUAUGAAAACCAAAAUGGAAUUGUUAAUUAUGAAAAUACAGGCAGAUUUCUGUCAUGCUCUCGAAGCCGAAGAAUAUGGUGGUCAGAAAUUUAAAGUUGACAGAUGGCUCCGCACAGAGGGUGGCGGUGGUAUUACUUGCGUUCUACAGGAUGGAGAGGUGUUUGAAAAAGCGGGUGUGAACAUAUCUGUAGUUACAGGACAUUUACCGCCGAGCGCGGUACAACAAAUGCGUACACGCGGCAAAAAAUUAAGUGAAGGAGAGCGGCCUUUUUUCGCAGCCGGUGUGAGUGCAGUAAUUCAUCCACGUAAUCCUAUGGUGCCUACCAUACAUUUCAAUUAUCGGUACUUUGAAGUGACAAAUAAUGACGGCUCUAAGCAGUGGUGGUUUGGUGGUGGUACAGAUCUCACCCCCUAUUAUUUGAACGAAGAGGAUGCUAUUCACUUUCACAAAACUUUAAAGAACGCUUGCGAUGAAUACGACAUUCUGUAUUAUCCUAAAUUCAAAAAAUGGUGCGAUGAUUAUUUUAGAAUUGAGCAUAGAAAUGAAUGUCGUGGACUUGGUGGCAUAUUCUUUGACGAUUUAGAUUCGCCCAGCCAAGAAAACGCUUACAAAUUUGUUUCCGCUUGCGCCUGUGCUGUGAUCCCUUCUUAUUUGCCGCUGGUUAGACGCCAUAAAAAUGACGAGUAUGGAGAUAGAGAACGCCAGUGGCAAUUAUUGCGUCGCGGUCGCUAUGUUGAAUUCAAUUUGAUCUAUGAUCGCGGCACCAAAUUCGGUCUUUAUACACCCGGCGCUAGGUACGAAAGUAUUUUAAUGUCUUUGCCGCUUACUGCCCGUUGGGAAUACAUGCAUACGCCCCCGGAAAAUUCCAAGGAAAAUAAACUUAUUGAAGUUUUGCAAAACCCCAAAGAUUGGGUACCAUUCGAUCCUGUUCGUGUCAGUUAAAAUAUAAAAAAAUUUCAUAAAUGUUAAAAAUUUUCCUUAGAUUGAUAUGCGUUCAGAAAAAGUAGACUUCCAUGCUCUUCAUAGCUGCAUGUUUCUUACGAAAUUAAACGUCAAGUUAGAAAAAUAUCAUUGCUUUUCAUAUGUAAAUAUACUGUUUUAUAAACCCAA